UUCUUUGUUUUUAUUGAUUUUUUUAAAUGUUUAUAGACAAUAUUAAAAUGUAAAGACUUGAGCAUCUUUCUCCACAUCUUUUUUCCCAUAUAUAUAUACAAUGUAUAUAUAUAUAUAUAUGCCUAUAUAAAUUUUGUAAAAAAAUAAGCUUGUAUUUCACAUUUAAAUAUGAACAGGCAAAAAAAUUCUGUAUUGUACCUUUUAAAUUCUGUAUUGGACCUUCUGUAUUGUAUGCUGCCGGACUAGUUUCAUUAAUAUGCAUUACCUCACACAGUUUUAUAAAUAGCACACAUAAAAACUUCACUUAGUUCAAUUUUAGUAUUGAUAAAAAUUGAAUAUUUCUUUCAAUAACAAAACCACAAGCAAAAAGGUAUAGGUAUAUAAUAAAAGGGUCAUUAUAACAGUAGCUAAGACUAAGGUCUGGGAUUUUUGUAUUCUGCUGUCGUAGAUUUUGCAAGGUUGGAUCACACUCUGCACGCCUCGUGAGAUCCGAUCUGGCAAAAAUCCACUCGAGCCGAAUACAGCAUCCCAGAUCAAGCUACUGUUAUAAUAACCCUAUUAUAUAUCAAGAUAAUUAUUACUUUGUCUAAAACAUAAUCUUAUUCAGUUGUUAUAUAGUGGAAAUCAUAUUUCAAGAUUUGUGCAAAACUGUAUAUGUUUGCUAACAUUGCAAACAACUGAUCACCUUUUCGAACGCUUGAUUGUUGGGAUAAAUGCACACCUGAAUUUCUUAUUAGGCCGAUACAUGCAUAUCCAUGACUACAUAACCUCAUAUAUGCAUGCUAUCUUUGGAUGUUCAGGCUUAAGACCAAAAAGAUUCCAUGCUGAAAUUAACCAAUUUGUUAAUGGACUGGAUAAAGUGGCUUCGUUGCACAAAGAGAUCCUCCAUCCACCUGAAGCAUUUUCUAGUCUGUUUGUUCACCAAGCUGUUCAUCUAAAGUUUGACACAUUCAGAUUAUUGUAUGAAGUGAACUUCAGUCCAGAGGGUUCCAAUAACCGAAGGUUGGAGAAGGAUACAGUAUACUGCUUGGAGGCAUUCUUGAUUGAAUGUGAUGUUGCAGGUGGAUGUUGCACACAACCUGGCACUCCAGUAAAAAAAAGCACCAGAAGUGCUUUUGUCAGCCUCAAAAACUACUGAUGUAUGGAGUUUAUCUGCUACUGUGGUGGAUCUUCUUUCCGACGAAGUGAUCUGGAAGGAAUCAAAUGACGCAAAAAAAACGGAAGUACUUUGGAAAAAUACAUCUAUGAGUCGAUGCAAACUAAGAAACAGCCAGACGCACUUAAAAGUCUUGAAAGUAAAGAUCUACCUGUAGAACGAAGGAAGUGUUUCGAAUGGUUUGAACUACAAACAAUCUGCAAAACCAUCUGCAACAAAUAUCUGUCGAAUUUCAGAGAAAGCUUAGAAGACUAGGAGGUUUCUUUGCAGAACUGCUUUUUCAAAGCUAAAGAAUGUUUAACCGAGCGAUCCGACUUUUCUCUUUCCGACAAAUAUCGUUCCGAGAGACUAGCAAUAUUCAGCUUUCAGAAUAUUUUCCAAACUGUAGUGAAUUUGGUCUUUUCAAUUCUUAUUAUUGACAUAGUAAUGUUUUGACAUUUUUGGCAUAGGAAUUGACCCUUUACACACCUGUUUCAGGCUUUAUGGUUGAUCACUAAAUGAUGCUAUAUGUGCACAACUAUGUUAUGAAACGCAACUUAUUUUCUGAUUUUUCUAAGUUUCGUGAUGAUUUGAAAUUUACAUAUUUUAGUUAAAAUGAAGCUCAAGUACAGCUUUGUAUUUGCCUGUCGCUUGUUGUGUGUUAUAAAACGCAAUAUAUUUGAUGUUUCUUGGUAAAAGUUAUAUAUUUUAAACAAAUUAAAGCUUAAUUGCAGCUUUUAAACUGCCCAUGGUUACUGUUAUAAAACGCAAAUGAUGUUUCUUGAUAAAAGUUAUAUAUUUUAAUUAACCAAAAUGAAGCUCAAUUGCAGCUUUUUAUGUGUCUGUCGAUUGGUGUCUGGUUAUAAAAAAGCAACUUAUUUGAUGUUUCUUGAUAAAAGUUACAUAUGUGCCAACUCAAGAAAAAGGGGAUCUUAGAGUAUUUUCUGGAAUUUCAAAAAAAAUGUAUUUGUUUAAUAGAUCGACAUCUUGUGAAUAUAUCCUGAAAAUUUUAUGAAGUUAUCUCAAAGUUUAAAAAAAACCCAGUAAUUUAGGUUAACAAGGAUGAGCCAGCUUUGGCCUUGCGUUAUGAAUGUUUCUAUAGUGGGUUAUUUAAACAAUCAAAGUCAUUAUUAAGUUGUUCUGGUAUCACUAUGUUCCUCAAUAAUAUCAUAUACCCAUAUUGAAAUUUUCUUCACCUGGAAAUUGGUAUUCAUUCUAGGAGAAUCAUCACCAUUUUUUAAUUUCUGAAGGAUUUCAAAAACUGGUUACCAUGACAACAAAAAAUAUUUUUUACACUAAAUUGUAUUUUUAUAAUGCAGUUGAAUUAUACACCUACACGAAUAUGUACAGAUACACUGCUUACAGUUAUAUGUUUGCAAUAUUAAUUUUCUGCAAUUUUAUUUUCCUUAUUGCCAAUUAAACCCAAAUAACGCUGAUUUCCUUUAGGCUUGAGGCGGCUCGUAUCUUAGUUAACCAAAAUAAAGCACAGUUGCAGCUUUUUAAA